UCAGAUAUAUGCUGCAGCUGGCAGCCCGUAGAGGACAGGAGCAUUGAUAUCCUUGGGGGCUAAUAUGUACUGUUUAGGCGGAAAGAGAACGCUGUCCGAUGUAGUGACUUUACUCUACCACCAUCACUCUGCCUUCACCUCUAUACGCCUGAGGUCUGUCAGUAGCCGGUACGGUUUGAUGUCGGACACUCAGCCAUGUCUGCUCAGUACAAGGAAAUCAUCUCAGAACCUGAGUUCUUUCGAGCCUCUUACGCCAUGGUGGUAUUGGCUUCAGCCGUCAUGCUCGUACGUAUUGGCGUACAAGUUUGGAGGCGCAAAGCUAUGGAGUUGCAAGACUAUCUCAUAUACCUGGCUUUUGCAUUAUUUCUCGCUUUGUCAAUAUGCUACCUCAUCAACAUUUCUACGAUAUUCGACAUCUCAAAGGUUCUGGUAGGAUUACUUGAACCUUGGCCAACGUUCCAGUCCGAUUUCGUCCUCAACGUUCGGAUCGUGUUCGUUACCACUGUACUGUUUUGGUUAACACUAUGGUCGGUCAAGCUAUCUCUAUUAGCACUGUACAAAAAACUACUAGAGGGCCUUCCGCGCGUAUGGACAAGACUUUGGUGGGCAGUAUUCACCUUCUGUAUUAUUUCUGUUCUCGGCUGUAUCGCUUCUUAUCUUACUUCUUGUCCCGACUUUACCGCCCUGAUGCUCAGAGGAGACUGCCCAAAUACGUCCCGAAACAUUCGUGCCCAGCUUGUUAGCCUAUACAUGUCCUACGCUGUCGAUAUCCUGUCAGAUCUCAUGAUCAUGUUUUUACCAAUCCGACUUGUGUGGAACCUUCAAAUGUUACGGGCGCAGAAGAUUGCUAUUAUCGCACUCUUCGCAUCUGGCUUCGUGUGCAUCACCUUUGCCACUCUGCGCGUCAUACAGGUCGGCAGAAAGUCUGGAGAAAGCACAGCACCCAGUCCGACCUGGCUAGCAUUCUGGACGCUCAUUGAGUCAUCUGUAGCUAUCUGUAUUGGUUGUUGCCCUGCGUUUGCUGUGUUCUUCCGCCGUGCCCACACGCCUCACAUAUCCUACGAUACACAAGGCUACGUUCGGCACAACCCGAGUGGAUCUGAAGCAGACCAGAACAACGCCGGCACGAUCAAGAUGAAUGCUGUUACCAUUGGCAGUAGCAGGAACAGGACUCCUAGGCGGGAUACACACUGGAAUGUUACGCGAAGCAGCGAAGAAGAACUCGCGGCGGACAACAAGAUAAGCGCAGAUCAGUUACCACCAAGAAGGAAGUUCAGCACCCCCUCAGAGAUAAGCACUCUACCACCGAGAAAUCCCAGAGCAUCCACCAGUAUAAGCGCGACAUGAAGCUGUCUCAUCGCUCUUUAUA